AUGGUCACCAUUGACAAGAACGAAAUUCAUUGCGUCGACGAUGCGGUGGAUUCGAUCCAGGCUUCAAAAGCGCCUCAGAUGGUCAAGAUCGACAACAUCCAAGUUUUGGGGCUUGCACCCGAGGAUGCUGAUUUCUACAUCAACUAUCCAGAGGAAAAGAGGAAGAGAGUACUACGCAAGGUCGACAUUCGUCUCGUGCCCAUGUUGGCAGUCCUCUACCUCAUAUCUCAUAUAGAUCGAGCGAAUAUUGGCAAUGCUAAAAUUGAAGGAAUGGUCACCGAUCUUGGAUUGAAUGGCGUUGAAUGGAACGUUGUUCUAUCAGUCUUCUUCGUACCCUACAUCUUGCUCGAGGUUCCGUCGAAUAUGCUGUUAAAAAAGUUCAGACGACCAUCAUACUAUCUGGGUAUCCUUAUUGUUAGCUGGGGCAUCAUCAUGACGAUGAUGGGUGUGGUCAAGAACUUUGCUGGCCUAUUGAUAACCAGGAUUCUUCUUGGUGUAUUCGAAGCUGGUUUCUUUCCAGGCGCUGUUUACCUCUGCUCCUACUGGUAUAUGCCGAAACACCUUGCUACAAGAAUCUCAUACUUUUAUUGUGCGUCGGCACUGUCUGGGGCCUUUAGUGGUCUGCUUGCGGCGGCCAUCGCCAAGAUGGACCGCAUCGGAGGAUACGAAGGUUGGCGAUGGAUUUUCCUGCUCGAGGGCAUCGCUACCGUUGGCCUCGGCAUUUCCUGCUUUUUCUUCCUGAUCGACUCUCCUGCAUUGAGCGGAAGGUGGCUCAAACCCGACGAAAUCCGCUUCCUUGAGCUCCAACGAUUCAUCAAAGACGGAGGAAAAUAUGGAGAGGAGGAGAAGGACGAAUUCAAGUGGACUGAUUUGAAAAUGGUCCUCUGCAAUUGGCGUCUUUAUAUGCAGGCAUACAUUCUGCUUUGUAUCUCGGCCUGCUCCUACGGAACCAAAUUUACGUUGCCCACUAUCACCAAGGGCAUGGGAUUUAGCAACACAAAUGCGCAACUCAUGACGGUCCCGCCGUACGUGGCUGGAGCCUUGAGCUCGAUCUUCUUCGCUAAGCUCUCGGAUCGAUUCUACUGGCGCUUGCCAUUCGUUGCGAUCCCCUUAUGCUUGAUCUUCAUUGGCUACUCAGUCAUUAUCUCUUUCGAUGGCAAUCUUGGUGGCAACCUCGGCCCUGCUUUCUUUGCAAUCAUCCUUACAUGCAUGGGCAUCUACCCGGUACAACCUGCAGGAAGCUCUUGGGCGGCGAACAACUUAGCUCCAACUUCUCGACGAGCUAUUGGCGUGGCUUUCAAUAUCUGCAUCGGCAACAUUGGCGGCGUAAUUGGUAGUUAUAUGUAUCUGGAGAACGAGAAGCCUAAAUAUCAGACAGGAUUUGGGCUAUCACUCGCCUUUGGUGCUAGUGGUUUCAUUGUCGCGUUCCUGCUUGAAUUGUCGUACAAGUGGGGUAACUCAAGGAAGGCAAAGCUUAGUGAGGAUGAGAUUCGCGCACGAUACACCGAUGAACAACUCCUGGAUAUGGGUGAUAAAUCGCCACUUUUUAGAUACACAUUGUAG